AUAGAAAACACAUCUGAUAACACUUCUCAUCCUGAUACAUAUCAACCUAUAAUUAUAGAGACUAAAAUGUUAGAAAAUAAGGAAGUCAAUGAAUACCUAGAUUCAAAAGAUAAAGAAAGAGUUAGUAAUAUGAUAAGAGAAAGAAACAGUGAAAAAAUUAAUGAAUUUAUUUUUAAUAACAAAGGUAAGAUUAAAACAGCAAAGAGUUUGGUAAAUAAAGAAGUUAAACAGCUACUUUCUGAUAUUACAGAAGCGAAUCUGCAACAAAAAACUCUUAAAGCUAGAAAAAUCUAUAAUCUUUUUAAUAGUAUAGAAAUAGUUAAAAUCAAGCAG